AUGGCUUCCCAGCAGCUUUAUCUGAGGCUGGUGGGGCUCACCGCUCUGCUCACACUGCUGGCCCUCGCUCUCUCGUCCUCAGAUGUUUCCAGUGAGAGCAGCCUUCACAAGAUCCUGAAGAAAAGAGAUGUGGUGGGUGACGGUAGCGCUCCCUCUAAGUCCGGGGUGGCUGUUGCUCCCGCCAAGGCCAGAGAGUUCCUGGUCAAGCUAUGGAGGCCCAAGAGGAACAUCUGGGACCGCAGCAGGCCAGACGUGCAGCAGUGGAUCAUGCAGUUCAUGUACAUGGGCUUUGACGAGACAAGACUGGAGACGGACCUGUCCUACUGGAUUGACCACUCGCAGUCCAGCGAUCAGAGUUGUCAGCACCAUUAUGAGGAGAACUCUCCCAUUGGACCCAGAGACAGAGGGGCACACCGUCAUGGAGCCAACGUUAACUAUGACUACUAGUAACUCCACACGCUCUGUCUCACUCCCUCUCUCAAAAUGUAAGACUAACUUCUCUCUUCCUCCACUACUUCUAACCCCAGUCCCCUCUCUAUUUCUCCAUUACAUAGUGUGCAACUUCAUUUCUUUCUUUGUAUACAGUCUACUCUCCGUUAAUCAGCACUGUAAUAUUCAUAUGUGUCACCAUACUGAAUUGUAAUUGGAUGCAUCAU